AUGUCGAGCCACAAGGUUGAUAGGCAUACCGAGCUCCUCCGCCACCGUUGGGCGCCAUUCGUCAAGAGCCAGAACGGCGAGAAGAAAGUUCUCGAGGCCGGCAACUAUGAAUGGCCUUUCAAACUCGACCUCUCCGGCGAGACUCCCGAGAGUGUCGAGGGAAUUCCUGAAGCCAGCAUCACUUACCGUCUCAAGGCGACCGUAGCUCGCGGCAAGCUUUCUCACGACCUGCAUGCGUACAAGCCCCUGCGCAUUGUUCGCACACUGGAGCCUUCGGCGCUAGAGUUCCUUCACGCCAUGAGCGUCGAGAACAUCUGGCCGAACAAGGUCGACUACUCUAUCAUUAUACCGCAAAAGGCGGUUGUCUUUGGCGCGACAGUCCCGCUGGAAAUGCGAUUCACGCCUCUGCUAAAGGGCCUCGAAAUGGGCGACAUUACGAUCAAGAUGGUGGAGAUUCGCGAGAUGAGCACGCCAGGCACCCCCUCGCGAGAUCACCGGACAGAACGCGAGGUAUCCUCGUGGAGUUUCGGAGUCACAGCAGAAGACAACUGGCAGGACAUGAUCGGCGACACGGGCCAGGAGGGAUGGACAGUCAACAAGAAACUCAAUCUGCCCAAGCGACUAAAGCAGUGUGUGCAAGACGUCAAUCACCACGGCAUUAAGAUCAGACACAAGCUCAAACUUGUUGUCGCUCUCAAGAACCCCGACGGCCACGUCUCAGAGGUAAGUCUGACGAGCGCGCAAUUGCGACUACAAUGUGCUGACGAUUGA